CACCAGCUUUCUCUCAUUCACCAUGGGCCGUGUCAUCCGCCAGCAGCGUAAGGGAGCCGGGUCUGUCUUCCGGUCGCAUGUCAAGCGCCGCAAGGGUGCUGCCAAGUUCCGCACGCUCGACUACGCCGAGAAGAACGGUUACCUCAAGGGUAUCGUGAAGGAGAUCAUCCACGACCCUGGACGUGGUGCCCCGCUUGCCCGUGUCCAGUUCCGCGACCCGUACAAGUACCGCCUUAACACGGAGACGUUUAUCGCUGCCGAGGGUAUGUACACUGGCCAGUUUGUGUACUGCGGUAAGUCGGCGCAGCUGUCUGUCGGUAACGUCAUCCCGCUGUCGGAGCUGCCUGAGGGUACCAUUGUGUGCAACGUUGAGGCCAAGAAGGGCGACCGUGGUACCUUUGCCCGGACGUCUGGCAACUACGCCACCAUCAUCUCGCACAACCGCGACGACAAGGUCACCCGCAUCCGCCUCCCGUCGGGCUCCAAGAAGGUCAUCCCGUCGACCGCCCGUGCUAUGGUCGGCAUUGUUGCCGGUGGUGGUCGUACCGACAAGCCGCUCCUCAAGGCUGGCCGUGCCUACCACAAGUACAAGGUCAAGCGCAACUGCUGGCCGCGCACUCGUGGUGUUGCCAUGAACCCGGUUGAUCAUCCCUUCGGUGGUGGUAACCACCAGCACAUCGGUAAGCCGUCGACCAAGGCCCGCGACGCACCGCCCGGCCAGAAGACCGGUCUCAUGGCUGCCCGCCGCACUGGUCUCCGCCGCGGUUCCAAGAAGAAGCGCGAGUAA